AAUGUUUCAGAUUAAAUCAGAUAAUAGAUUAAACAGAUAUGAAUCGAUUGAAAUUGAACGUCCUAAAACAUCUUUGGAUCAGAAUAGCUUAGAAAGGGAGAAUCGUGAAUUAUAAAUUUAGUUAUAGAAAUUCAAGGAAUUAUAUUAGUAAUAAAAGCAUUAUUUUUAAUGCUAAUAAGAACAAUUUCUUGAUUUAAAAGAGAAAUAUGAGGAAAGUGUAUCUAAGAUAAGCGAAUUGGAAGAUUAAUUGUAUUAAUAAAGUGAAAAUUAAGAGUAAACUUAGCUUUGUGUCUCUUUACUUCAAGAUCUUUAAGGUUUGGAAUAUUUAGUAAAUAAGAUGAAACUGUUAAUACCAAAUAAACAAGCAUUAAAUUUGAUUGGUCAAAUAUAGAAAACAUAUGAAUAAUUAAGAAAUAAAGAAUCAGUUCCUUGUGAACAAUAAAUUUAUCACAAACUAUUAACAGCUCUCGAUAAGAAGUUAAGCGAUAUAAUUAAUAAUGAUAAAGAAAAUUCUAAUAUGAAUAUGAAUAUUCAGGAAUCACAACCAAAACUUAAAACUUACUUGUCUUAAAAAAUGAUGUGA